CAACCUUUCUGGCGCGCGGGUUAUCGGGGCCUUCCUUGCUCCUGACCCACGCAUCUUUGGGUUCCGCCUGGUUCCCUCUCGGGAUCCCCGGGGCGUCCUCGUGAGAGCGGCCCGCGUGGGUGACGGCUGCCCUGUGGGCGCGGCCGGGCCUGUGGUGGAGGCCGCCUCAGGAGCGGGGCCCGCGAGCGCGCAGGAACACACUUCCUCCAAGGCCACCCUCCUAACCUUCCAGACAGUUCCACUAAGCUUGGGACCAAACAUUCAAAGAAAUGAACACAGAAGCAGAACAGCAGCUUCUCCAUCAUGCCAGAAAUGGCAAUGCCGAAGAGGUGCGAAGGCUUCUGGAAGCCAUGGCACGGACGGACGUGGUCGCUGACAUUGACUGUAAAGGAAGAAGUAAGUCUAACUUGGGCUGGACACCUCUUCACCUGGCAUGCUAUUUUGGACACAAACAAGUGGUCGAGGAUCUGUUGAAGGCUGGUGCAAAAGUGAACAUGUUAAAUGACAUGGGAGACACGCCGCUGCAUCGAGCCGCCUUCACAGGACGAAAGGAGCUGGUAUUGCUUCUUUUAGAAUACAAUGCUGAUACUACAGUUGUAAAUGGAAGUGGACAGACAGCAAAAGAAGUCACCCAUGACAAAGAAAUCAGAAACAUGCUUGAAGCUGUGGAAAGGACUCAACAAAGAAAGCUUGAAGAACUGCUUUUAGGAGCAGCUAGAGAAGGAAGAACAGCUGAAGUAUCAGCUCUGCUCAGCAGGCCCAAUCCUCCUGAUGUGAACUGCUCAGAUCAGUUAGGAAAUACUCCCUUGCACUGUGCAGCUUACCGGGCCCACAAGCAGUGCGUCCUAAAGCUUCUGAGAAGUGGAGCUGACCCCAGCCUGAAGAACAAGAAUGAUCAGAAACCUCUUGACCUUGCCCAUGGUGCUGAAAUGAAGCACAUUCUCAUUGGUAAUAAGGUUGUCCACAAAGCACUGAAACGCUACGAGGGCCCUCUCUGGAAGAGUUCAAGAUUUUUUGGCUGGAAGUUAUUCUGGGUAGUGUUAGAACAUGGAGUCCUUUCCUGGUAUCGGAAACAGCCUGAUGCCAUCCAUAAUUCUUACCGCCAAGGAUGCAAACACCUGACUCAAGCGGUGUGCACGGUGAAACCUACAGACAGCUGCCUCUUCUCUAUUCGAUGCUUUGAUGACACGGUUCAUGGCUUCAGGGUUCCGAAGAACAGCCCGCAGCAAUCAAGAGAGAAGUGGCUGGAAGCAAUUGAAGAACACUCUGCAUAUAGCACUCACUAUUGUUCCCAGGAUCAGGUGACUGAUGAUGAAGAGGAAGAUGUAGUUUCAGCCAUGGACCUGAAGGAGUCCUUAGCGAGAGCACAAACAUGUCAACAGAGACUAGAUAGGGAAAUUUACAACUUUCUCAAAAUGAUUAAGGAGUGUGAUGUGGCCAAAGAUAUGCUUCCAUCAUUUCUUCAGAAAGCUGAUGUUGUCUCCGAAGCUUCUAGAGAGACUUGUGUGGCGUUGAGUGACUGUCUUAAUCUCUUCACUAAACAGGAAGGGGUGAGGAAUUUUAAAUUGGAACAGGAGCAAGAAAAAAACAAAAUUUUGUCAGAAGCCCUGGAGACUUUAGCCACUGAGCAUCAUGAACUAGAACGAUCCCUGGUUGAAGGAUCCCCGCCUGUCAGCAUCCUUAGUGAGGACGAGUUCUAUGAUGCAUUGUCAGGUUCCGAGUCCGAGGGGUCGCUGACUUGCCUGGAAGCUGUGACAGCACACUCCUUUGAAGAGAACGAAGUGCCUGUGAGCAGUGGAAAACACAGAAUGUCUGAAGGAAAAGACUGUGGUGGGGGAGAUGCGCUCUCCAAUGGCAUCAAAAAGCACAGAACAAGCCUGCCAUCGCCUAUGUUCUCCAGAAAUGACUUCAGCAUCUGGAGCAUCCUCAGAAAAUGCAUUGGGAUGGAACUGUCCAAGAUCACAAUGCCAGUCAUAUUUAAUGAGCCUCUGAGCUUCCUGCAGCGGCUGACUGAAUACAUGGAACACACGUACCUCAUUCACAAAGCCAGCUCAUUUUCCGAUCCCGUGGAAAGGAUGCAGUGUGUGGCUGCAUUUGCUGUGUCUGCUGUCGCGUCUCAGUGGGAGCGCACUGGAAAGCCCUUCAACCCGCUGCUGGGAGAGACGUACGAAUUAGUUCGAGAUGACCUUGGAUUUAGGCUCAUCUCAGAACAGGUCAGCCAUCACCCGCCAAUCAGUGCAUUCCACGCAGAAGGGCUCAACAAUGACUUCAUCUUCCAUGGCUCAAUUUACCCCAAACUGAAGUUCUGGGGCAAGAGUGUAGAAGCAGAACCUAAAGGAACCAUCACCCUGGAGCUUUUAGAACACAAUGAAGCAUACACUUGGACGAACCCCACCUGCUGUGUGCAUAACAUCAUCGUGGGCAAACUCUGGAUUGAGCAGUACGGCAAUGUGGAAAUCAUAAACCACAAGACUGGGGACAAGUGUGUGCUGAAUUUUAAGCCAUGUGGUCUUUUUGGCAAGGAAUUACACAAAGUUGAAGGCUACAUACAAGAUAAAAGCAAAAAGAAACUCUGUGCUCUCUACGGGAAGUGGACUGAGUGCUUGUACAGCGUUGACCCUGCCACUUUUGACGCUUACAAAAAAAAUGAUAAGAAAAACACAGAAGAAAAGAAGAACAGCAAACAGACAAGCUCAUCUGAGGAGUCGGAUGAAAUGCCAGUGCCAGAUUCUGAGAGCGUAUUUAUUAUCCCGGGAAGUGUCCUCCUGUGGCGGAUCGCCCCCCGGCCUCCCAACUCAGCUCAGAUGUAUAACUUCACCAGCUUUGCCAUGGUUCUGAAUGAAGUAGACAAGGAGAUGGAGAGCGUGAUUCCCAAGACCGACUGCAGGCUACGGCCUGACAUCAGAGCCAUGGAGAAUGGAGAGAUAGAUCAAGCUAGUGAAGAGAAAAAACGACUUGAGGAAAAACAAAGAGCAGCCCGCAAAAACAGGUCCAAGUCAGAAGAGGACUGGAAGACAAGGUGGUUCCAUCAAGGUCCCAACCCCUACAGUGGAGCACAGGACUGGAUUUAUUCUGGCAGCUACUGGGACAGAAACUACUUCAAUUUGCCUGAUAUUUAUUAAAGUGCAGAGAAGUCAAGGUGUUUGCUAAUCUAAAUAAGUCUUAAGCUUAAGUUUUUAAAAUUUUUCCCCUUGGUUUCUACUCCUCUAUAAUUUGUGUUUCACCCAGUUAGGCAAGGCAUCUGGUCACACGGGGGAUGGUCUGAGAGCACUGAGGCAUUGCCGCUCCACAGGUGCAUUCUCACUUGGAGCGCAGCUCGUAGGUGGGGAGAAGCUGGGGGGGGGGCAGUUCCUACUCCACACUGCUGGAGAUGCUCUGGGGGAUUCUAUAGCGAUCCAAAAAUCAAGUUAUUUUGAAUAUUUUUAUGCUAUAAUGCUUGAGUAUUUUAGGUGUAGCUUUGAAAUGUUUAGAAUUCUUCUGUACAAUGUUAUGUGCUCAAAUGUAGAGAUUAUCAUUUUACAAAAACUAAAUUGGUAAGAUGGCCUUUUAGGGAAAUUAAUCCUCUCAAUUUUACUUUCCCACCUCAUAGAGAGGGGGCAGAAUUCCUCAUUUGAAAAUUCUGAACUGGAACAGAUAUUUACUUAACGCUCUGAAUUUAUGUUCACAUCUUGUGAUCAUUGUCAUUAGACUUUACAGGCUUAACUUGUAUGUUUGAACUGAAAAUCACAAAAAUGCCCUAAAAAUAGAUUUUAAUCAAUAUCAUUAUCUAAUGACAAACCUUUUAGCCUCGACUUCCAGUGGCAAAUGCCACAGAGAAAUUAAGCUGCACUCAUGUAUUAUAAUCUAGGUAAGAGAAGGCCUUGUGCAUUUUGAGUUUGCAAGGUACUGGAGACCUACUUACUGUACAGUAGCUUUUCCCCAUUAAUUGGGGUAAUCUCAUAGUAUUUAUCCAACCAAACCUGACUGAGAUACUUGCCCUAAAGGGCCUUAGGUAGCUUCCAGUAAGUUAUGUUGUCUUGAAGUUAUGAUGCUAAAUAAAGGCUUCAGAAUAUUAAAAAAAAAAAAAAGGUGUGAAUGCUUUCAGAAUUACUAUCCUUAAUUAUCAAAGGUAUUCCCCAGGGUCUAGUAUGAUUUCAUAUACCUGUUAAGUUACUAAAACAACAAUACAGUUUUAUGCUUGCAGGAAGUUUAUUGAUACAGUUCACAUGGUGACAAACUCCACCUUGAAUGCUGAAUCAAACAGCAUCAUUAUCAGCAUCUGUUAAUGAAGACACAUUGAACUGUUUAAAUAUCUGAUCUACAUGCUCAGUGUUUACUAAUCAAAAAUAACCUAGCAUUUCUUGCCGAGGUCACCUCUUGACAACACAAGGUUGUUAUGAUUAAAAUCAUGGCCAUGCUAUUAAAUACUGCCUCCCUCUCAGCCCCCCAAGGUCACAAUGGCUGACCACACACCUGGUAGCACUUCAUAUAAAGUGCUGGUCUUCUCCAUGGGGUUCAUAGUUUACUCACCCCACUGUCUACACUGAUGGGAGAAUAAAAAAUUGAGUGAUAAAAUUA